GGCAAGUAAAAACUAAAAUAAAAACACUGAGCAGUGGGCACGGGGCAGUGUGUAAAUUAAAUUAUUUUUAACGUACUAAAAAAUAUAUGCUAUUGAUUUUUGAGAAAUUAUUGCAUAUAAUAAUAUUGCAAUAGCAAGCAAUGUCGGGCUAAAUAUCUGCAUCGUAUAGUGUGGUUUACUAAUAGUGUGUAUGGUUUGGUAUAGGAGUGUAUUUCAACUAUGUCUACUCCAAUACUAAAUCAAGCCCGUAAUUCUGGUGGCGAGAGCAAGAUUGCUACCACGAGUAUUGUAACUAGAAAUGCUGCAAGAAAAGCCAAAAUACAAACACGUGCAGCAGCCGCUGGUAAAGCCAGGCCGUCAGCUCUGAUUGUCAAUGCUAAGAGAAAGGCUCAACUAAAGAAGAGGACGGUUUUGGAGACAGUUUUAAAGGAUCAUUAUCAGAUAGCGAUGGAUUCUAAAAUGAAAGUUAAAGGAGCUACUGGGCUGGUGACAGACCCUCGCAUGUUAGAACACAGAUGUUUGUGGGACGACAACUAUCCGGAAAAUCCAGAGCGACUGAAAAGUGUUCUGAGAAGGUGUCAAGAGCUCAAUUUAAUAGACCAAUGCAAGGCAAUUAGAGCAAGACCCGCGACCAAAGAGGAAAUAAUUAAGUUACACUGUUCAUCUGUCAUAGAUGUGUUAGAGAGUACAAACAAUAAUAAUAACAUGGAGUAUUUAGAAGAGUUAUCUUCUCGUUAUGAUGCCAUAUACUUUCAUCCGAGUACUCAUGAGCUGGCGUUGCUAGCUGCCGGCUCGUGCAUCGAGCUGGUUGAUGCAGUGGUACGCGGUGACGUGAUGAACGGUGCGGCGUUGGUGCGACCACCUGGCCAUCACGCCAUGAGGGCGGAGCCCUGCGGCUACUGUUUCUACAACAACGUGGCUCUAGCUGCGGCGCACGCCGUACACAAGCUACAACUGAACAGAAUACUGAUUGUCGACUGGGAUGUGCAUCACGGCCAGGCGACGCAACAGAUGUUCUAUGACGAUCCCAGGGUCGUAUACUUCUCAAUCCACCGCUACGAGCACGGCACGUUCUGGCCCAACCUGCGCGAGUCCAAUUUCGACUAUGUGGGGGCGGGGCCAGGAGCGGGGCGUAAUUUCAACGUGCCCCUCAACAAGACCGGCAUGGGAGACGCAGACUAUCUGGCCAUCUGGCACCAGUUGUUGCUACCCAUGGCCUACGAGUACCAACCAGAACUGGUGCUGAUCUCAGCGGGCUACGACGCAGCGUUCGGUUGUCCAGAGGGUUUAAUGGAAGUAACCCCAGCGUGCUAUGCGACCCUCACACACUUGCUAAUGGGUGUGACGUCACGCGUCUGCGUAGUGCUAGAGGGAGGAUAUUGUGCACGGUCGCUCGGCGAGGGGGCCGCGCUUACAUUGCGCACGCUACUUGGACACAGUCCGCCCACCUUGCAGCCACUCUCAGAGCCCUCAGACGAAAUUCGGACAUCGAUCCUCAAUUGUAUCUAUACCCACAAGAAGUAUUGGCGCUGCUUCAACUACCAGCCGAGCUUCAGCUCCGAUACGACCGUCAAGAACGUGUGUGACGUCACCAAGGUCAAGCACAACGUCACAGUACAGUACCUCGGCGAUGAGACCAAACCGGCCAAGUACGAAACUAGGAACUGUUAUCCGGUACAGGACGAAGGGACUAAGCGACUGAUUGAAGAGAGAUUAGCGUAUUUGGAAUCUGUGACGGACUUGACGCUACCGCAACACGCUGUCGGCUAUGUGUAUGACAGUGCAAUGUUGAAACACGAGAAUAUAUGCGAACCAGGCCACGUGGAAUGUCCGGAUCGAAUCCUGCGCAUGCACGAAAGACACCGGGAGUUUGGUCUGCUGGCGCGGCUGCACAUCAUCCAGCCCAUGCCGUGCACGGACGACCAGAUUCUCCGGGUGCAUAAUGAAGAACAUCUUAAAAGAUUGAAAAACUUCUCGACGAUGAAGCUCCGCGAUUUGAACCAGAAGAAGGAGAGCUUCGACUCUGUCUACUUCCACCCCGACUCAUUGGAGAGCGCUGCCAUGGCUGCCGGCUGUGCUGUUCAGAUGGUGGAUGCUGUGUUAUCGGGUCGUUGCGGAGCAGGAGUAUGCGUGGUGCGGCCUCCCGGCCACCAUGCUGGUGCCACCACUCCGUGCGGGUUCUGUUUGUUGAACAACGCCGUGGUGGCAGCCACCCACGCCGUCACCCACCACGGCGUCAGGCGCGUCUUGUUGGUGGACUGGGACGUGCACCACGGGAACGGGACGCAGGACCUCACUUACGAUGAUAGCAGGAUUCUGUACCUGUCGAUCCACCGCUACGACAAGGGCGCGUUCUUCCCGCAGUCGCGCGACGCUGACGUCACGGCGGUGGGCGCACACACUGCGCGGGGCUUCAACGUGAAUGUACCAUGGAAUAAGCGCGGCAUGGGCGACGCGGAGUACUUGGCAGCGUUCACGCAAGUGGUACUGCCGAUAGCAUACGAGUACAACCCGGAACUGGUGAUCGUGUCUGCUGGGUUCGACGCGGCCAUCAACGAUCCUCUCGGCAAAUGCAACGUGACACCGGAAUGCUACGGCAUAAUGACGCAUAUGCUCCGUGGUCUAGCCGGAGGGAGGGUCGUACUCUGCCUAGAGGGAGGAUACAAUAUCACCAGCUCCUCGUAUGCCAUGACAAUGUGCACCAAAGCUUUGCUCGGCGAUCCGAUACUACGACAGUACGAUCCCAAUAUCACUUGCCAUCCUUCCGCCGUAGAAUCUAUCAAUGACGUCAUUCAAGUACAUAGUAAAUAUUGGAAGAGCCUUAAGUUCCAAUUAGCGCUUCCUAUAGAAAAUGUUUUGAAGGAGAAAUCUGAAGCAAAGGCAGAUUCUUUAGAUAGUGCAAUGGGGAGGCUUAGUUUAAGUAAGUGUUCGGACGGUAUUCACUGCGGGACUGAUGACGAGGACGAGACUGGAGAGGAGAAGGAGAUAAAAAAGGAGAAUGAAGUUGACCCUGGGAAAGAAGAUGAACAGCCAAAUGCUGGUGGUUCAGGCGGGAAGCAGACACUAGUGGAUUUUCUGGCUGAUAAUAUGCAGGCGAUAGCGGACGGGGAGAUGUUUGCCGUAGUGCCGCUGGCCUCGUGUCCACAUCUCGAGACGCUGUACGCCAUACCGAGUGACGUGGCGUUCCGGCCAGGCGCCAAGUGUGAGCAAUGUGACCACACGCUCGAGAACUGGGUGUGCCUGCACUGCUACGUGACCGCCUGUGGACGGCCGACUGUAAACGGCCACAUGCAGGCGCACUACUCCGCGACACAUCAUCCCCUGUCCCUUUCGCUCGCAGAUCUCUCUGUAUGGUGCUAUCCUUGUGACGCGUACGUUGACAAUCCACUGUUAUAUGACGCAAAGAACAAUGCACACAGAUGUAAGUUCGGCGAAGACAUGCCUUGGUGUUACCGUGACACAAUCGACAUGCAUUGACUUUGACAGUGACAGCUGCAACCACUUGACUCGUUUGUAAAAUAUGUAACUUACUAAAAUACAUAUCCUUAGGAUAUUUAAAUAUUUAUUUUUAUCUUGUAUAUAAUGUAAUUAAAAUUUUCAGAGAACUGCACUGUAAUAAUGCUUACUUAAAUUCUAAUAAAGGUAUAUUCAUAUCACAGGGACAUAUAAUAAUUACAGGCAUGAAUAAAGAUGUCAUCGGAACUAAUAUAAUUUAUAAAAUAAUUGAGCGCAACUACUUAUAUAAUUUGGAUUGUUCAUAAUUUUGUAUUUUUUAAUGAUUGUGAAGUUAUUUUUAAUAAUAUUUAUUUUUGGGCUUUACUAUUAUUUUUAACAUUAUUAAGAUGGGCCGGUUAUUCAUGCAAAUAACCAAAGUGUGUAUUUUUAUUUAGUUUUGAAAUCUUAUCCAAUGUAACUCUUGAUAGAAUUGAAAUCUUAUCCAUUGGAACUCUUUUGAACACUUUUAUAUUUCAAUAAUCUUGGAAUAACUUUGAUUAAGAAUUUGUCUAGAUAGAGGGUGGCGCUGCAAUCGCAAUAAAAACAAUAGGCACACAAAGUUAAGUUUCAGGCUUACAUUAUUAUUUUAGAAUUUACUUUAGGUAUUUUCAUAGCAUUAGGUCCUGUAGGAUAUUUUCGGUUGAGUCAAGUUAGAAAGAAGAAAUAUUUUUUUAAAUAUUAUGGUACACAUAAAUACAAAAUACUUUUUUUUAAGAAAGAGACGAACAAUGUAUAAAAAAGCAUCAAUAUUAAUAUGUUACAAAGUGCACCUAGCUUAGCAUAUUUGCUGGUUUCAAAACCAGCACUGGUCUACCGUUGGGCCAUUUGGUUACGUGGCGUUGUUGAAUUAGUAGGCCUUUUGUUAGGCUAUGUAUACACUUUUACAACAUCAUGAUCCAAGAAAUUUUUUAAAAAUAAUAACAAAACAUGUGUUACGGAAUUCAAAAGAUUCUUUUAAACCCAUUUCAAUCAUCCUUUGUAAUUAUAUAGCUGCAUUAUGCAUACUUAAAUAGCUGAAAUCGUCAUUUUUUAUGUCUCAGAAUGCUUGUUUACCGUAUAAUGCCAGUGUCACUGGGCGGGCGGAACGAAAUUGGCUUUUGUCAAGAAUUGACUGAAGUUAUAGUGGGUGCUAAGAGUUUAGACUCUCUAGCUAGACAGGUUAAUAAUCAAAGAUGAGUAGAGGUAUUUUUUAAUAAUAAUUUUAUAUAAUUUUUGUGAUGUUUUGCAUUUGUCAUUAGUUUCCACUUUAAGUUUAGUAGAAAUACAUACCUGUAGGUAUUUAAAAAUACUUUUGUUUAUUGGGGAUAUUUAGCUUAAUUUCGGGUAAAUUAGUUUAGUAUUUUGAAUUUAUCCUCUUCAUUUUCAUUAUUAUCUAUACAAUAAAAUCUUUAAAAAAAUUGCAUUUAAUUAACUCUGUAGCUACUGCAACACUAUAAUUUGAUAUACUGAAAUUGUAGUAGAAUAGAUAAUUGAAACAUAUAGGUAAACAUAUCUAUGAAAUAUAUUUUUGCUUUUGAUAUUUGACACAUACAUUGAUGUACAAAAUUUACUCCUAUAUUGAUUAAAUAUGUGCCAAAUUAAGCUCAACAGACAAUAUCACAUAUAUAAAUAUACCUUAUAUCAUUUAUACAUCUAGAUAGACUAUGACAGCUGUGAAAACGUCGAAAAAAAACGAGUUUAGAACUAAACUCUAUUCUGAGCGAUCCACGCACACAAACACAAAGUAUCAUACAAAUCGCGAAUGUAAGACGUAGCUUGUCACGCACACUAAACUAAUAUUCCUGGCCUUUUUUUAUCGGUUGUCUAACAGCAAGAGAAUAUGCAAGUAUCUAGACGUAUAAAAUAUCUAAAAAUUGUAAUUAAUAAAAAAUGUACUAACA